AAUCUAUUAGUAAAAUAAUGAAACGGAUAAGUUUAUAUAUAUAUGAUCCACCAUGUCUACCUUUAAAUUAGUAUACAAUAUAUCGAAACAUCUUAGUUAAUAUUUAUAUGUAAGGAUUAUGAUAUUUAGAAGUGAUUGUCGUAAGUAAGAUCAGCUAUGCGUAAGAGAUGCGACAUCAAAAAAAAAAUAUUUGGAUGAAAAAUUCAGUCGAUGGAUAGUGCUAUUCAAAGUAAAAUAACUGAGUGUUAUUAUUAAUGUCUAAAAAAGUCUACCAAUAACUAUCCAUUAGGCUUAAAGGUUUGAUCCAAACUAAAUUUAGUACAUUUUUCAAUCCUACAAAAGUAUUAAUAAUGGAACAAAUAAAGAGAUCAUUAGGAGAUGAGGGAACUUCUUUGGCUAAGAAACCAAGAGUUCAACCAAAGUCUGGUAUUCAAGAGCAUCAGGUUGGUAUUACGGAAUUUAUAAAUAAGCAAGGAAAUGGAUUCACAGGUAUACUCAAGCUGCUUUACGCUGAUUUUCAGGUGAAUGAAAUCGAUCCAAAUGGUAAUGUUGUUCAUUUAUUAGAUGAAGGUAUUGAUGUAGGUAAAACUAAAAAGGAAAGAAGACUUGAAAAGAGAGAAGAAGAAAGGAAAGAACUCGAAGGUAAAACUCCUGAACAGGUGGAAACAAUAUUGACCGAAAGAAAGAUUCAAGAGGAAUCAAAACCAAAGUAUGAGCUCUCAGAUGAUCAUCGUCAAGAAUUGUUAACUUAUAUUUCUGAUGAAGAAUUAAAACAAAUAGAGGAAUUGUUCACUACAGGGAAUAACAUGGAGACUAAGACUACAUUUGAUGACAAACAAGUUAGAGGAAAAUUACAUCAAUUGCUCAGAGCUGCAUUUCAAAAUAAAUUGGAAACUGUGACCUCUCCAGAGAACACUUUUAAGAUUGCAAUCGCCAAUAACACCAGUAGAGGUACCGGAAGACAGCAUCCUCAAGAAAGUAUGCAUCAUGUCGACGAAAAUGGAGUAGUGAAUUAUGGAUUGGGAGCAUUUAAACCUUACUUGCAUUUCACUGUAUAUAAGGAAAAUAGAGAAACUAUGGAUGUUGCUUCUUCUAUUUCUAAAUUUCUUAGAUUUCCUCAUAAAGCUAUUUCGUAUGCUGGAACCAAAGAUAGAAGAGGUGUUACUUGUCAGAGAUUUAGCAUUCAUAGAGGUAAAGUUGUUAGGGUUAAUUCAUUAAAUAAAGCUUUAAAUGGUACAACUUUAGGAAGCUUUUCAUAUGAAGAUUCUCCAUUGAGAUUAGGAGAUUUAAAAGGUAAUGAAUUCAUAAUUACUAUAAGAGACAUUAAUCCAAUUAAUGAAGGCGAAAAUAUUAUUGAUAUUAUAUCUACUAGUUUCUCUUCUCUCAGAGAUAAAGGGUUUAUUAAUUAUUUCGGUAUGCAAAGAUUUGGUUCGUUCUCCAUUUCAACUCAUGUUCUUGGUAUUCAUGUCAUGAAAGAAGAUUGGAAAGCAGCUGCUGAAUUAAUUUUAUCCGAACAAGAACUCGUUGCUCCAGCAUCUAUCGAGGCAAGAAGAAUAUGGGCAGAAACUUCGAAUCCAUCAUUAACUCUAAAGAAAUUACCCCAUUAUUUUACUGCUGAAUCUUCUAUUUUGAAAGUCCUUGAAAAAGAGACUUUAGAUGAAAAUGAGAGUUACAGCAAGCAUUCAUACUUUAAAAGUAUAAUGGCUAUACCUAAGAAUUUAAGAAUGAUUUAUGGGCAUGCUUAUCAAUCAUACGUUUGGAAUAAAGUAGCUUCUAAGAGAAUUGAAUUGUUUGGUUUAGAAGUUCAGGAAGGUGAUCUUGUCAUAGAUAAUGAAUUACCGCAAACUAAAGCUGAAAGUAGUGAUGACGAAUUUGAAGAGGAUGUUGCUACUAGUAAUGAAGUCAAAGUAAAAGCAUUAACUGAAGAUGAUAUAAAGAGUGGCAAGUAUACAAUUUAUGAUGUUGUAUUACCAACACCAGGAUUUAAGAUUGUAUAUCCAACAAAUGAGCAAUUGAAACAAGUAUAUGUAGAUACUAUGGCUCAAGAUGGACUUGACCCCUUUAAAAUGGCUAGAAGAAUUAAAGAAUUCUCAUUAACUGGUACCUAUAGAAAUCUUAUGUCCAAACCUCAAGAAUUGAGUUAUGAAAUUGUCAAAUAUGCUGAUGAAACCAAACCAAUAGUAAGAACGGAUUUAGAAAUCUUAAAGCUUAAGAAAGAUGGAGAAGAAAAUCCACUGAAAAUAAUUACCCCAAUCGAAGAAGAAGGUAGUGGACCUACAAAAUCUGCUGUAGUAUUGAAAAUGCAAUUAGGGGUCAGCUCUUAUGCCACUAUGGCAUUGAGAGAAUUUAUGAAGGCAGAUACUGCCAGAUUCAGUGAAACCAUGUUCAAACCAAGUCAAUCUUAGACUCAUUAGACUUUUUCUUCUUGUAUAUAUAUAAAAAUUUAAUUACAUCUGAGUGGUCCAUGUGUAGAACGAACCCCAUUUCCUAUUUCGGCCUAGUUUU